AAAAAGCAAAGGGGAGAGUGUUGUCAACAGACAUCACCGAGCAGCUAUGGUGGUUCUGCCAGUUAAAAAAUAAAUAAAUCGUAUUCAAACAGCCGUGGGAGCACGGGGUUGGGUGAGCUGCAAGUGGGAUGUUUGGGUUUGCACCUUUCAUUCGUGUCUGAAGGAUCCCGGGGAAAGGAGGGAGCGAGAAGUGGACACAGAGAGCAAGCGAUCAGCGAGGCGACGAGGGAGGACGCAGUGCAGCACCAGCAGAUGGGCGGGCUCAAAUUUCUUUACAGUUUUGCCGAGUGCACCGCGGCCCUGUAGAAAGUGGGUGGGAGAGGAGGGAAGAGGACGGGCCUGCACUCCCCGGAGCGUGCCCAGCCUCUCUCGCCGGACCGAUUCCCUUCCGCUCCGACACGACCAGUUUCCCCAGGCCAUGACUCAUACCGAUCGUGCUAGGUCACUGUGCUCGGCCGCCCCACAGGUGCUAUCGCCUCGGUGAGACGGUUCCCGCCAGGCCGGCCAGUGGAGUGCCGGCUCGCGCGCCAGCCCGCCCGCCUCCCCCCUGCAGCACCCGCAGUUCCUACCCAGAACCAGCAGGCCUGCUCGGUCGAUCUUCGAGUGGAAGAUGCGGCGGGGCUGGAAGAUGGCUCUGUCCGGGGGGCUGAGGUGCUGCCGCCGAGUACUUUCCUGGGUGCCGGUACUGGUUAUCGUCCUGGUGGUGCUCUGGUCGUACUAUGCCUACGUCUUCGAACUCUGCUUGGUGACUAUUUUGAGCCCCGCAGAAAAAGUUAUCUACCUCAUAUUCUACCACGUGAUCUUUGUGUUCUUUACCUGGUCUUACUGGAAGUCUAUAUUUACGCUCCCACAACAGCCAAACCAAAAGUUCCAUUUGUCCUAUACAGACAAGGAGCGCUAUGAAAAUGAAGAGAGGCCAGAGGUCCAGAAGCAGAUCCUUGUUGAUAUGGCCAAGAAGUUACCAGUUUACACAAGAACUGGAAGUGGAGCUGUACGGUUUUGUGACCGGUGCCAUUUGAUCAAGCCAGAUCGCUGCCACCACUGCUCUGUUUGUGCUAUGUGUGUAUUAAAAAUGGACCACCACUGCCCUUGGGUCAAUAACUGCAUUGGAUUUUCCAACUACAAAUUCUUCCUUCAGUUUCUAGCUUAUUCUGUUCUCUACUGCCUGUACAUUGCUACAACAGUUUUUGGGUAUUUCAUCAAAUACUGGAAAGGAGAAUUGCCAAGUGUUCGCUCUAAGUUCCAUGUUCUUUUUCUUCUCUUCGUGGCCUGCAUGUUUUUUGUCAGCCUUGUGAUUCUCUUUGGUUACCAUUGUUGGCUUCUCAGCAGAAAUAAAACCACCUUAGAGGCCUUCUGUACUCCGGUGUUUACAAGUGGCCCAGAGAAAAACGGGUUCAAUCUUGGCUUUAUCAAAAAUAUCCAGCAAGUGUUUGGAGAUAAUAAGAAGUUCUGGCUGAUACCUAUCGGCUCCAGCCCUGGUGAUGGACACUCCUUCCCUAUCAGGUCUGUAAAUGAGUCACAGAACCCACUGCUAGCAAAUGAAGAACCCUGGGAAGACAAUGAGGAUGACAAUCAAGAUUAUCCUGAAAGUUCAUCAUCUGUUGUCAUGGAAACAGAAGCAUAGCUCUUUUCACAUAUCCAACAUCUCUCAGACAGGACACUACAUGUCCCAUGAUGCUUUCCAAGUUCCUGUGAAGAACAAUUUUAGUCAUCAAAAGAAGUCACAAUGUUGGAUUGAAGCCUUUACAAUUUGAGAGUAUUUUAUUAAAUACUUUCUAUACCUAUAGAUAUUUCAGGACUUUACAACUUACUUCAUUUAGUGACUGAAGUUAGUCUCUUGAUUCAAACCAGUCUUCCUUAUGUAUUUUUUCUUUUUUAAUUUCUGCUUCCCAAUCUGUGAAAGCCUAAAUGUAAGAUAUACCUCUCCCAGAGAUUCGUUUCAUUUAUCUUUUCAGAUAAAGAAGAAUUCAAAAUACUUCUCAGAGUCUUUAAUUCCACUAAAGAUUAUAAAUCAUGUAUAUAGGAUCUUUGCGAUAAUGAAGGGAAUCAAACCAUGUUUGCUGCUUAUGUAUAUAUAUAUAUAUAUUU